AUGUCAGUAAAAAGUAAUUCAGGUGUUAGUGUUUCAGGUAGAAGUGCAAUUUCAUCAUCUUCAACAACAAAAGUUUUAAUAAAUAAUGGUAAAAGAGGCAGUGAUUCAAGUAGUGUUGAAUCAUAUGGUUCAGAGAGUGAUAAUGAUUUAUUAAGAAAGAAUUUAAGAUUAGAAGAGUCUAUACUCUAUUGUGAAAAAUGUGAUUUUAAAAAUGGUGGUUCCUUUAAAUCAAAUUAUAAUAUGUUUGGUAUUACCCAAACAGCAGUUGUAUUUUUCGGUUCAUUCUCUGUAAAGAAAAAAAGAAAAAUAGUACCAUUUAAAAAUAUUUCAAAUGUCGAAUGGUUACAAGACGAUAGUGUUAGAAUUGAAUUACCAAUUGAAAAAGGUAAAUUUAAAUAUUAUCAUAUAAAUUUUAAAAAAUCUCAUAAAGGUUCUCCAUUUAGAUUAAUUGAAUCAAGAUGGAAAUCUGCAAAUAUUGAUCCAUCUAGAAAAUUGUCAACUGGUGAAGAAUUGUACAGAAAUCCAUCAACAUCAAAUUUAUUAAGACAUUUUCAAACUAUACCAAGGGAUGAAAGAUUAGAAUUAUCAUAUAGAUGUAGAAUAAAGGGAGUUGAUCAAAAUUAUGGUGUAAUGUUUGUAACACAAACUCGUAUAUUAUUCCUUUCAAUUGAUACUAUAUUCAAAAGUGAAGAGAUCAAAUUUGAAAGAAUUUUAUCAAUUGAUGAACCAUUACCAACAAAAGGAAAAUUAAAGAAAUCAAUUUUAAUCACUAUUGGAAAAGGUUUAGUUUACUGUUUCUCUUCAUUUGAAUCUAAAGAGGAGUCAUAUGACCAAAUUAAAUACUCUUGGGAAACUUUUAAAAAAAUUGAACAAAAUGAUCAAUUACAAAAUAAACCAACUCAUAGUAGUUAUAAUAGUAAUCAUUUACAAGAAUUACAAUUUAAAAAACAACAACAACAAUUAUUAUUAGAACAACAAAAACAACAACAACAUCAACAUCUUAUUCCAAAUCCUUUAUCAGGUUCACAAGGUAUUCCACCACCAAAUAUUCAAUUAUCCACAGAUUCAAAUCCAUUAGGUUAUUCACAAAGUUUACAAAAUAAAUCAAUUACAUAUACAACAACAUCAACAAAUCAACAACCAAGCACCUCUUCAUCAGCAUCCUCAACAUAUGGUAGUAAUGGUUCAUUAGAUAGUAAUAAUAAUAAUGAAUAUGAAUUAUUACAAAUUCAAUCUCAACAAUCAGAUCAACAACCAUCCUCUGCUUCCCCACAUAAAUUAAAUGUCAAUGAUGAAAUUGUUUUAAAUGGUUUUAGUAGUGUUUGUUUGCCAGUUGGAGGUGGAGGAGCAGGAGCAUCUCAAAAUCUUUAUAGAAAAGUUAAUGGAAAUGAAUCCUAUAGUGAUAGAGCAAACAAAAUUUUCAACAAAGAACCAGAAGGUAUAAUCAAACAAAAAAUUAUGAAAAUUAAAAAUCGUGGUUGUUGUUUUUUCUUUUGA